GGAGUCAAGCGUUGAGGGGAAUUAGUCGUAUUGUUUAAAUACUAAAUCAAGCUCCCAUGCAUCUAAUUUAUAUAUUUAAUAAUGUUCACUAUUUCAUUGGUUAAUUAAUAAUCUGAAUUAUUUGGUAAUAUUACACCAUGUUUAAAAGAUAUUUCAGUCAAUCUAUUAAGAAGUCCAUACCUUCAAAAUCUAAAAUACUUGCAGCAAGAUCAACUGAUAAUGAUAGUUCAAUUAAUUUUAACAUCAAUACUAGUGAUCUCAUAGGUUCACAGAAUUUAAGUGCCAUUGAAUUGGCCCUCCAGACUAAAGAGCCGCUCAGUUCAUGGACUAAGAGUCAAAUCAGUGAAAUCUAUAAUACUCCAUUGAUGGAAUUGGUCUACCAGUCACAAGUACAACAUCGUCGUUAUCAUGAUCCUUCUGAGGUUCAAUUAUGUACAUUACUUUCAAUUAAAACAGGUGGAUGUACUGAAGAUUGUAAAUAUUGUGCACAAUCCUCAAGGUAUGAUACUGGACUCAAAGCAGAGAAGCUUAUUACUAUUGACGAGGUAAUGCAAGCUGCAAGAACCGCUAAACAAAAUGGGUCAACUAGAUUUUGUAUGGGAGCCGCAUGGAGAGAUAUGACUGGUCGUAAAAGUGGAUUGAAGAAAAUCUCUCAAAUGGUUACCCAGAUUAAUCAAGAAUUGGGGAUGGAAACUUGUGUAACUUUGGGGAUGGUUUCACGUCAACAGGCCGAUGAUUUACAUAAAGCUGGCUUAACAGCAUAUAAUCAUAAUAUUGAUACUUCCAGAGAACAUUACCCAAAUGUUAUUUCAACUAGAAGUUUCGAUGAUCGUCUUGAAACUAUUAAAAACGUUCAAGAUGCUGGUAUCAAAGCUUGUACUGGUGGGAUUUUAGGAUUAGGUGAAACUCCUCAAGAUCAUAUAUCAUUUCUCUAUACUUUGGCAACUAUGGAAAAUCAUCCUGAAUCUCUUCCUAUCAAUCGUUUAGUUCCUAUUAAGGGGACCCCAAUGGAGAAAGAAAUUUCUGGUUUGGAUGCAAAAUCUGAACGUAAAUUAAAAUUUGAAUACAUUUUGAAAACUAUUGCCACUGCAAGACUCAUCAUGCCAAAAUCUAUUAUCAGGUUGGCUGCAGGUAGGUAUACUAUGAAAGAACAUGAACAGUUUUUGUGUUUUAUGGCUGGUUGUAAUGCAAUUUUCACGGGUGAGAAAAUGCUCACCACCAUGUGUAAUGGCUGGGAUGAGGAUAUCACCAUGUUGAAGAAAUGGGGGUUGCGUCCAAUGAAGAGUUUUAAGGAAAAGUCUGAGGAAGAAGUUAUGGGCCAGCCUGUUCCUUCCCCAAUAUAAUAAAAUAAAUGUUCUGCAGCAAAGAAUAAUCAAUCCCCGUAGACUGUAUAUCUAGAAUUUUAUCAAUUAC